AUGUCAGCAAACAGUGGUGUAAAACGAGCCAGUAAGGCUUUUAAAACAUGUUUAUUUUGUAAACGGUCACAUGUUGUAUGUGAUAAGCAACGUCCAUGUUCUAGGUGCGUCAAGAGGGAUAUUGCCCAUUUAUGCAGGGAAGAUGAUAUUGCGGUUCCAAAUGAGAUGCCAUCACAGCACGAAAGUUCUCCGAAUGAUAAUAAUAUACAGGGCAAAUAUGCAAAUAAAGCACACACUGGAAUUCCGUCUGACUAUCAGAAUGAACCAGUCAAUAAAAGUGGAUCCACAUAUGGAGAGGAACUGUCACCGAAACUAGACUCCUCUCUUGUAAAUGAUACAACCAGCUUGCUGCUUCCGCAACAACCUGUAUUUGUGUCCGAGAAUGUUGGUUCGGAAUUCAGUUCUUUGAAUGAAUUUCUUUCUAUGCUAGAAAAUCCUCUAUUGACUCAAACAUCACUAAGUUCCAGCAGUGCGAGCAAUGUUCAUUUGGAAAAUGGCUCACAAACCACACAAUCGCCAUUAGAGUACCAAAACGACAAUCGUAGGGAUGAAAUAGGAGUGGCAAGACAAGAAAAUAGGUCGCCUACUAUUAUGUCAGGUUCUUCCAAUAGUAUCUCGAAAGGGGAUAAACAAGAUCAAGAAAAGGAAGAGUCUCGAAUUCUAGCGAAUGCAAACGAAAACAGUGCACCGACACCGAAGGAACAAUUCUUUUUAACAGCGGCGGAUCCGUCAACAGAGAUGACACCAGAACACCGGCUGAAGUUGGUCAUAAAUGCGAAGCUUGAAGCAGGAUUAUUGAAGCCGUAUAAUUAUGCCAAGGGGUAUGCAAGACUACAAGACUACAUGGACAAAUAUAUGAAUCAGUCUUCCAAGCAAAGGAUUCUGAAACCACUAUCCACCAUUAGACCGGCGUUUAGAACCAUUGCGCGUUCAUUGAAGGAUGUUGACUUAGUUUUAGUGGAGGAGAGCUUCGAGAGGAUGUUAUUAUCUUAUGAUCGUGUUUUCACCUCUAUGAGCAUGCCAGCGUGCUUGUGUAGGCGUACCGGUGAGAUUUACAGAGCCAAUAAAGAGUUUGCUUCACUGGUUGACUGCACAGUCGAUGAUUUACGCGAUGGAAAGCUUGCGAUCUACGAGUUGAUGACAGAAGAAAGCGCUGUGAAUUUCUGGGAAAAAUACGGGUCCAUAGCGUUUGAUAAGGGUCAGAAGGCUGUUUUAACAAGUUGUAGUCUUCGAACCAAAGAUGGAAUCCGCAAACGGCCAUGCUGUUUUAGUUUCACUAUCAGAAGGGAUAGGUACAACAUCCCAAUUUGCAUCGUCGGGAAUUUCAUCCCUUUGUCAUAA